AUGGCAGUACUCGAGACAUACAAUGGCUACAAGCUGUGGCACUACAUCCCCUCGCUUCCGGCAGCCAUAGUCUUCGCUGCUCUCUUCGGAGUCUUGACGAUUGGUCAUGCUUUCAGGAUGUUCCGUCACCGGAUGUGGUUUUGCCUUCCGUUCGUGGUUGGAGGUGUCUUCGAAAUUGUUGGAUACGUCGGACGAGCUGCAGCCCACAGCUCAACCGGUACCUUAAUGCCCUACGUGCUUCAGUCGACCUUCCUCCUGCUGGCGCCUAUCCUCUUCGCCGCUUCCCUCUACAUGACUCUGAGCCGUAUCAUCCGCGCUGUCGACGCAGCUCACUGCUCCAUCAUCCGACCCAAGUGGCUUACCCGCAUCUUUGUCUUUGGUGAUGCUUUCAGCUUCUUCGUUCAGGCCAGCGGUGCAGGCCUUCGCGUACAGGCCGGCCAGAAGGAUAGCAAGAUCGACCGCAACCUCGGCGGUCACGUCAUUGUCGGCGGUCUCAUCUUCCAGAUCCUCAUCUUCGGCGUCUUUGUUGUUACGGCCCUCAAGUUCCACAGCAAGUUCAAGAGGGACGCCAACGUUUCUCUGGCCCGCGACAUUCCCUGGCAGAAGAGCCUCCUCAUGCUGUACCUCACCUCCGCCCUCAUCAUGGGCCGUAAUAUCUUCCGUGUGGCAGAGUAUGCCAUGGGCAGCGACGGAUAUCUCCUGAGCGUCGAGUGGGGCGUCUACGUCUUUGACGCCGCCCUCAUGACCCUCACCAUGGCCUUCUUCCUCCUGUGGUACCCCAGCGCCCUCAAGAACGCCAAGCUCCACAGCACCACCAGCCCCGAGCUCGGCACUGCUGGUUUCCAGCAUGAGCAGAAAUAG